UAUCCAUGAACCGCCUAUAUAUAAUUAACCAUUCGAUUAAAUGACCCUGGUCUCUUUUUAUUUAUUUUUUAUUUUUUUAUUUUUUUGCUUAUAUAUAAUUAACCAUUCGAUUAAAUGACCCUGGUCCCUUUUUUUUUUUUUUUUUGGGGUUUCUCUUAUUUGCUCUUGGCCUUAUUUAUACCUGAAUAUCCCUAUUUCCAUAUUUCAUCAUCACGAUCUCCCUAAAGCUCUUUCACAUAUUGUCAUCAUCUUUUCCUUUUCCUUCAUUUUCCUGCAGCCCCGGAGUUAUCUCAGGCAACUUUGGAUCAUACAUAUAUGAAUUACGACAACAUAAAAUGCAAAACAUGCGGUGCUUCUACUUUGGUGCCUCCAACAGCUUAUCAACAACGCUGCUCCCAAUGCAAUAAGAUCAAUUACAUGACACCGAAGAUACAGCAGCCCUCUGCUAAUAAUAAUAAUGAUCAAUAUCAGUGUCCCUUCUUUAGAGCUUUUGCUUCCAAAUGCUGUAAAGACAAGAAGCUCAAAUCUCCUUACCCAGGUUCUCUCAACAAUAUUCAUAGCUCCUCUGAUACCACUUCUAGACGAUCGAAUAAGCGUGCUCUUCUUUGCGGGGUGACCUACAAUACAAGGAAAUACAAGCUCAAAGGAACUGUUAAUGAUGUCAUCAACAUGAAAGAGUUGUUGAUUAAUCAAUUUCAUUAUCCUCCGGAGUCCAUUAAAGUCAUGACAGGGCAUGGCUUAAGGCAGCCUGAUUUCAAAGACGAUGAAAAGGAUGGAUUCGAUGAAACUAUUUGUCCCGUUGAUUUUUUGAAGGAAGGAAUGAUCCUCGACAAUGAUAUAAAUACAGACAUUGUUAAGCCCCUCAAGAAGGGUGUCACCCUCCAUGCCAUUGUCGAUUCUUGUCACAGUGGAACUAUUCUCGAUCUUGUCCAUGUCUACAACCAUCACAAGGCCAUGUGGGAAGACAAUAGCCCUCCAUCAGGAAUUGACAAAGGUACUGGUGGUGGAUUGGCGAUUUGUAUUAGUGCUUGCAAUGAUGACAAAUUGGCUGCUGAUACCUCGGCUUUCGGUACUGGACAAAAGACGAUGAAUGGUGCGAUGACAUUCAUUCUUUGUCGAGCAUUGAAGCAAAACCCAGACAUAACGUAUGGGGCUCUCCUUGACACGAUGAGUGAGGCCAUCCAACAAGUCAAUGCACAUAGGUGCCUCCAAUCGAGCAUCUGUAGAAAAAUAUUUCGUCACAAAGUUAUACAGGAACCUAUGCUAUCGUCCUCUGAAAAAUUUGAUGUAAACACAAAGAAAUUUAUUCUGUGAUGCUCAUCGUUAAUCAAGCUGUUCGGACCAGAACAUGGAACAAGGAUAGCUGUUCUCUCUCGAAGAUCAUGGAACCUUCACUCUCUUUGUUUCUAUUUUUUAUUCUUAAUUACUUUUAAUUUUGCAAUGUAUGUAGAUGUGUUUAUGUGAUAUAAUGUCCAUUUACGGUCAGCUACGAACAAAUUAGUUUUCUUGAUUUGGAGAGUUUUUGGAGUGACGCGGGAAAAAAAGGAAAAUAAAGCUGAAAUUAAAAUAAUAUCUAUAGAUUUUAUGGGAUUAA